AUGGCGAUGGUAUCAGGAAGACGAUCUACACUAAACCCAGACGCACCGCUCUUUGUUCCGGCAGCUGUAAGACAAGUGGAAGAUUUCUCACCGGAAUGGUGGCAAUUAGUGACAACCUCGACUUGGUACCAUGACUACUGGAUCAGUCAGCACCAAGGACCAGAUGGUUUCUAUGACAACGGUGAGAACGACAAUGGUGGUCAGGUCGAUGUAGCUGAUCUUCUUCCAGAAUCAUUUGAUUUUGAUGACAUGGAAGAUUACUUCGACACUGAGUUUGAUCAAGGAUUCGAUGGAAGUUUGUACUACCAAGCACCUUCCGAGUUUGGAUUAGGUAAGAAUGGUGAGAUGGUACGGAAAUCGACCGGGAACAGGAGUCCGAAAUCAGUUGCCGAACCUGCGAAGUAUGCGGAAAAGCCGGCGAAAUGGGGAAACCAGAGGGUUGCUCCAAGAAACAUCCACCAGCCUCGUUGA